UGUAUGUUGUGUGGGGACCUCGUUCCCUCAGUGGGGCUCGGGCAAGAGAGGUCAGAGGUCAUCUUGGGUGAUAUGUAGCAUGCAAGCCUCAAACCCCCCUCCUUCCUUCAAGCCAUGGUGAAAAAGAAGAAACGCUGGAAAUAUUCACAUCAACCGUAAGAAGUUUGGAAGUGGGAGAUUGAACAAUGUUGUACGACGACCGAAGAACCUACGAUUAUUAUGCAAAGCAACGCCCUCUUUGGAAGAUCAUUCUCGGCAUUCUCUUCUCUCAUGUCGGCCUCUUUUUUCUCGUCGCCGGAUAUGCCGUUGCAGGAGCGUACCUGUUCAUCUACUUGGAGAUGCCGGCAGAGGAAAGAAGAAAGCAGCAGAUGGUGAUCCAAGCGGAACAGGUGGAUGAUUCCAUCACUUACCUUGCUGAUUUGUUCUGGUACUAUCAAGACAACUACAAGAACGUGACGAUCUGGAGGAAAAAGGUCUCGACGGAUUUGGACCGAUUCAAGGACUUUCUGAUUGGCGUAGUGCAAGACACAGGGUACACCGGAACUAAGGACGUGUGGGAUUACUCUUGGACUUUCCCCAAAACCCUUCUCUUCACCAUCACCAUCCUCACCACCAUCGGUUACGGUAACAUAACACCCAAGACGUUCUACGGCAAGAUAUUCACCAUCAUAUAUGCCCUCUUCGGGAUUCCCUUGUUGCUCGUGUUUCUUGCCAACAUCGGUGACAGCAUGGCCUCUACUGUAACACUCGUCUACAGGUAUCAAUCUCACCUUGUCGACCGCUUGGAGGCUUUUGGCCGACUAUGUUGCCGCUGGUGUCGAGCGAGACGGAAGAAGAGCGAACUGCCACCUGGGGUAACGGAACCGCCCAAAGGAGAAAGACUCAUCGACGACGACAUCGGCAAGGAAGAAUACAUGCCUACCAACGACGUAGUGGUGCCGAUCAUGCUGAAUUUGUUGAUCAUUGCGUUGUACAUCAUGCUCGGGGCAAUUUUGUUCAACCAAUGGGAAGGCUGGGAUUUUACCACUUCGUCCUAUUUCACCUUCGUUACCGUCGCUACCAUCGGCUUCGGGGAUUACGUACCCGGAAACAGUUUCUUGGAGUACAAAGACGGUGUCUCUGCCAUGCUCAAGAUGAUCACCACCGUCCUCUACUGCUUAUUCGGGAUGGCAUUGGUGUCCAUGGCGAUCAACCUCAUGCAGGCGCAAUUGCUCGCGAAAGCGAAGUGGUUUGCCAAGGAAGUGGGCCUCUCGGACGACUCGGAAGAAUUCCAGCUGCCGCCCAUCGAGAUAUUGCGAAGGCAAGCGAAGAAGAAGCGGAAGCCCCUGCAAACACCAAACGAACAGAAGCUGAAGAAACCGUUGAAGGCGGUCUCGGCAACUGCGGAGUCGAGUCGCCCCGACACGGCAUCUCUCGUUCGUCUGAGCGAGAGAAACGGUCGAGGAUUCAGCGGAACGAGGGCCCGCGUCGGUUCCGCCGAAGCGGAUCCCAGCUUCGCCGCUUUCUGAAGCUCCGUCUCUCGUCCCACCGUCUCGUUCCUUUUCCUCCUUUCCCUUUUCUUCGUUUUUCGUUGAGUCUCACGAUGAAGUGAAACAGACUCUGGCUGCUGAAGCGACCUGUGAUAGUGUGGGGUAGUCUAGAAGACUUUCCGAUUCAUCCCUCCUCACUUCCUCUCGUCCAGGCAUCCGGUUUCCAAUCCCGACAAAUCCUUGCAGUCUGGCUCUGAGCUGCUGGUUAAAACGUGCCAAUGGAACAGUAUGCCCAGACGAGUUUCGGAAGUGAGGUGCCACUCUUCAUAGCCGUUCUCCUUCCUACGAUUGGUUUGAGUGUCUUUUUUCUGUCUUUGAGGUGAAAUGCAUUUAUUUCCUGCAAA